UAUUCAGAUGUUUCUAUAAUUUUGCUUAAAAAUUUGUUUGCAUUAUUUACAGUUGUUUACAAUUUAGCACUUUAUUUAUAAACGCCACAUUGAAUUAAAAUAAUUGAAUAUAAACAAUCUGUGAUAAAUUUUUGCUAAAGGCAAACGUGAUGCUGUGAUAAUUUAACAAGUGGUUUUUAUAAAUAAUCCAACCUUUUAUCUGAUAUGAAACAUGAUAAUCCUCUUUUCAUGGUUUAGGAUUAAAUCAAGCAGGAAACCACAAAUUUAAGCAAAUAUUUGCCUGCAAUUCGAAUUACGUGAACAGAAAUUCACCGAACGAACACAUACUUACAAUGGAAACUUCGACACAUACUCGUACGUUGAGUAGAUCCACAACAUUAAGUGAUGAUGACUUUGAUGACAAAUUGGACGUCCCUCCAGUCCUUCUUACUAUGAUAUCUGUCGAGGGUAAACCUGUCCUGGUCGAAGACGAUGAGAAUGAUUAUAAGACAGAUUUGGUUGACGCAAUACCCUUUUCGACAAUCUUCACCAGCAGUGGUAAGUUCAAAUCCUACCAAAGGAAAAUCUUUGUACCGGGGCUAGAUGUAACCGUUGCAAUCGAGCAGAGUGACAGAAACCUAACGUCGCACUUCUUAAAUCCCAACCUAUACACCAUCACGUUGACACAUGGCGAUUUUACUUGGCAGGUGAAAAGGCGAUAUAAACACAUUCAACACCUCCAUCAGCAGCUUGUGUUGUUUAGGACGUCUUUAAAUAUACCGUUCCCUACAAAAACGCAUCGCCAGCGUAGGGAUAACUUUAAGAACAAUGCUGUUGUUAGUAAAUCGGGUAAACGUAAAGGAGCUUUACCUAGAUUUCCAAACAAACCGGAAGUUUUAAUAUCUCAUGAUCGCCUACAGAAUAGAAUAAAACAAUUGGAAGAUUAUUUGAACAAUUUACUUGCAAUCAACAUCUACAGAAAUCAUCCAGAAACGAUACAGUUUUUCGAACUGUCUCACUUGUCUUUCAUUCACGACUUGGGUUUCAAAGGGCAAGAAGGAAUGGUAAAGAAACGUCUGGGAAAUUCGGGCGAAGGUUGUAAAUUCAUGGGUUUGUUUACCGGCGAUUGUUGCUUGAGAUGUAAGCAUUUGUGUAACGACGUGCUGUGUUCGACGUGGAGCGAUCGUUGGUUUUUCAUUAAAGAUCAGUGCUUUGGGUAUAUACAUCCAAAAACGGGCCGAAUCGGUAAUGUAAUUUUAUUUGAUCAAGGUUUCGAAGUUAGUUCUGGCUUACGCGCUUUGGGUUUGCACACCGGAGUGCAAAUUUCGACUUACACCCGUCAGCUUGUCAUUAAUUGUUGGACGAGGCGAAAGUGCAGAGAGUGGAUACGCGCGUUGAAAGAAGUCGCCCACAAUCAAGCGAGAGAUUUCACCCAGUACAAUCAAAGGCACUCGUUUGCGCCGGUUCGAAAUAGUAUAAAUGCCACUUGGUUUGUCGACGGUGCUGGGUACAUGUCGGCAGUUGCCGACGCUUUGAGUAAUGCAAAGGAGGAAAUUUUUAUUGCCGAUUGGUGGUUGAGUCCAGAGAUUUAUUUGAAAAGGCCUGCACUGCGUGGUGAUUAUUGGAGACUAGACAAAGUUUUACAACGGAAAUCUGAGGAAGGCGUUAAAGUAUUCGUGCUUCUUUACAAGGAGGUGGAGAUGGCAAUAGGGAUCAACAGCUUUUACAGCAAGCAAAGGCUUGUGCGCAAUGGCAAUGAUAACAUUAAGGUCAUGCGACAUCCUCAACACGCCAAAUCGGGCGUUUUUCUUUGGGCACAUCACGAAAAACUCGUCAUCGUCGACCAAUCAAUAGCGUUUUUAGGUGGAAUUGACCUAUGCUAUGGUCGAUGGGACGACUCAAAACAUAGGUUAACUGAUUUGGGCAGUCUUAUUCAUUCUGCAAUUACCCCAACUAAAAGGAAAAAAACCUCCAGUUCUCCAAGUGGGGAAUUUCCUUUUAUUUCUGUAUCUAAAUCCAACUCAAAACUAUACAUGCCGGAUCUUAUUGUCGACUCUCCCUCGACUGCAGCACAAGAACUGGCAAGACCCAUGUCUCUACCAGCGGCAAGCAGUAGCUUGCAAGUGCCCCAGCCAAAGGACUUCUUCAAGCAAAAUACACCAGAGUUUGAACGAAAGUCGCUUAUGGCGACAAUCAAGCAAGGAAUAAAAGGCAAAGGUAAACACUUGGCCAAAUUAUCAUACGCACCAGGAGAACUACAAAACGGACCUGCCACUAUUAGCGAACUGGACGAUGUCGUCGACGAUUUAGACGGAUCAGCCAAGUUCUGGGUGGGCAAAGAUUACGUGAACUUUAUCGUCAAAGACUUCAAUAAUCUCGAAGAGCCAUUUGACGAUUUAGUCGAUCGAACUACAACGCCCCGAAUGCCCUGGCACGACAUGGCCGUUUGCGUGCAAAACGCCACCGCAAGAGACGUUGCGCGUCACUUUAUCCAACGCUGGAACGCCGCCAAAAACGAAAUGGCCAAGCAAAACUACACCUGCCCAUACUUGCUACCCAAGGCAUAUGUAGAUUGUUCUUUAAAGUCAAAUUUUCUACAAGCGAAAUCGCAGAACGUCACGUGUCAGGUUUUAAGAAGCGUGAGUGCGUGGUCCUGCGGGUUUAUCGAGCCAGAUAUUGUGGAGCAAAGUAUUCAUGAGGCGUACGUCGAUUGUAUCGCUAAGGCUCAACAUUACAUCUACAUAGAAAAUCAAUUUUUUAUUUCACUGCCCCGCAAUAACUUAAACACAUUAAAUCAAAUUGCAGAGGCACUUUUUACUAGAAUUGUUCGCGCAUAUAAAGAGAAGAGUGUUUUUAGGGUGUAUGUGGUGAUGCCACUACUGCCAGCCUUUGAGGGAGAGAUAGGUCAAUCAAACGGAGCGUCUAUACAGGCAAUAACUCAUUGGAAUUAUGCAUCCAUUUGUCGUGGAAAAGAUGGCCUUCUCAAUAGACUAAAAGAUCACGGAAUACCAGAUCCAUCAGUCUAUAUCUCCUUCUAUGGUCUACGAACACACUCGGUGCUUUGUGGAGAACCUGUAACCGAACUGAUCUAUGUACAUUCCAAACUUAUGAUUGUCGACGACAAGAUCGUCAUUUGCGGUUCUGCAAACAUUAAUGACAGAUCAUUGCUGGGGAAGAGAGAUUCAGAAGUGGCAGUUAUCAUCGAAGACCAAGAAUUUGAGGAUGGUUUAAUGAACAGCCAACCUUUUCCUUUGGGAAAAUUUGCUGGUUCCCUAAGGCGACGUUUAUUUAAGGAACAUUUAGGACUGUUAGGUGUAGAAAAUGAAGAAAUUGAUAUUAAUGUUAUUGAUCCGGUUAGUGAAGCUUUUUAUAAAAACAUCUGGUAUGAUACUGCAGCUAAAAAUACGGAGAUUUAUGAAGCGGUUUUCCAUUGCAUUCCAUCCAAUAAAGUUCGGACAUUUGCGGAGUUAAAAAAGUAUAAGGAACUUCAGCCGUUGUAUGUCGAUGAACCCGUCCAGGCGGAACAAAUGCUCAAUAGGAUUCUGGGACAUAUUGUACUUCUUCCCUUGGAUUUUAUGUGUAACGAAGUAUUAACUCCACCACCGGGUACCGUAGAAGGCAUUAUGCCCACAGCUCUAUGGACUUGAAUACAGUAUUCACUAAUUUUUAUACGUUUACAUCAUUUUUUAAUUUGUAAUGUUUUAAAUUAUUUAUUAUGGUGUCUUGUUCUGUUUACUUCAAAUUAUAUUUUUAUACUGUUAAUGGUUGAAAUAUAGUAAUGAUUCUUUAA